AUGCUCGGGAGAUCUGAGUCACCAUGCCAUACCCAAACACACCACAAGGUUGCAUAUGAAUGACAUCAGUUGUUUUGCGGUUCUAUUUUGUCUUUCCAGCCAUAUUUCGUAGAAAUUGACACCAAAGGUGCUGUUCUUUUCAGGCGAUACUAUUUGUGUUUUGUCUUUUUGUUUUGUUUUGUUUUGGUUCUCUUUAUUUGCUUUGUAUGUUUUUCCUAUUCAGAUAUUUAGAGACUUUAAGCACUCAGUGAGCACACUUGAACCUUAUUUGAUUUAACCUUUGAUUUGUUUAACGAUUAGAGGCUUAAAUGCUGAUUUGGUUGUUCGUCUGUUUUUGUAAUCAACCUGAAGUUGCCUAUCAAUUGAGGAGCUUUUAUGUUAAUGUUUAGUUAGGAAGAGAGGCUGCAAAGCCUACAUGCUGCUUUGUGUCCCGAGCUUUGUUAAGGAACAACUCAUUCAUUUUUAUAAAAUCUCAGAUAAACCUCACAUCAAAGAUCUACCUGAAAGAACCAUUACAGCAGUUGGCGAGCCGGCAGUGUUGACUUGUGAGGUUAGUGGAAACCCUGACGCUUCUGUUACCUGGACCAAAGAUGGACUUACCAGUAUACCUCGCGCUCAGUUCAAGAAAAACGGCAAGGUACUCAUUAUACAAGAUGUUGUUCCUGAUGACAGUGGCGUUUAUGAAUGCAUAGCUAUGAACAUAUUUGGAGAAAGCCGUACAGCUUCGACACUCAUUGUUGCUGGUACGUUGAAAGUGAUCUAGAAUAACAUUAAACAUUGCAUACAAUUGCAGAAUCAUUUCUUCUGUGAGGUAAAUGUGCAGAAGAAUACGUGUAUUAUUUUAAGCAAUACGUCAGAAAAUUUGCCAACCUCUAUCAAAGUUAAUGACCAAGUAUGGUUAUGCUAAGCACCACGAUGAUCACCAUUACAACUAGUCUCAGUUUACUCCAGCCUCUUAUUUACAGGUCAUUCAAUAGUUACUGGACUUGAGGGUUAAAAUAAAAAGAAACACUCGUGACAAAAAAGCAAACCACCCCUCAGAGCGCAAACCAAACCUACAUCAUGGUAGUGUCCCCGUAUGCUUGUUAUACCCUUCACCAUUUUCCAUGAGCAUGAUUUUGUCAAAAUUUCUCUUGGUCUCAUUACAAUAUUCUUUCUUUCUACACAGUGCCACCCAGAAUUAUCGAAGAGCUUUCCCCUUCUUCAGUGAUGUGUGAAAAGCGAACUCCGUGUUUUCUCUCAUGUCAAGCAACAAGUUACCUUCCGUUUAACUACUCUUGGACGAAAGAUGGCCAGGUUCCAACUGGUGAUGACAUCAAGUUAAUGAAUAACAGUAUCAUUGUCACGCCACGGGAUGGAAAAGGUUAUGGGGAGUAUGUGUGUCGCGCUACAAACAGCUUUGGGUCAACAGAGUAUAAAAUAAUCCUGCUUUCACCUAAGGAUAAUCGAGAUGAUGACCGUAAAUAUUUCCAAAACGGUAAAUAUUCUUCAAAAUUCGAACGUGCUUAGAUGUUUUCGUUUCAAACUUUUUGGAAAGCCUAGAAAUUUGAAGUCCCGUUUGGAGUUUAUGGGCUUCUAAUAACAGUUGUUUAAUACGACCAGUUAGGUAUCAAAAACAAUAUUAUAUGGUGGUCUCAUACACCGACGUUGUUCUGUGUGAAGGUACAUUUCUUUUCUGCAAUUAGAAAGUUAUCAUGGUGUGCAAUGUAGGUAGAUUAUUCCUCAUAUCAAAAUUUGUCUGUUAGGUUCUAAUUAAAUCAAGACAGAGCUAUAUAUACCAUUGUUGAGGAGACUCAAGGCUAAAAUAUUUUUGUUUUGCUCCUAAAAUUUGACCUACUGGCUCAAGGUUUCUGGAGGACAGAAUCUUGAAUAAAGAAAGAGUAACAAAUUUAUGGAUACAAUGAAGUAUGACCUAAAGACGGGAACGUUUGUCAAAGUUUUUAGGUUUCGGGAUCAAAAGAAACUUCGUAUUCCUUAGCGUGAAUCUACUUAAAAACAAACAACAACAACAACAAUACCUAUCUAUCUAAGCUAUAUUUUCAGUGUUUGAUACUUGGUUCUUGAUAGUCGUUUAUUUUCUUUUACUAGGUAUACCGCAAAGCAUCUUCCUUGCCAGUGUGAUCACACUGUCUUGUGCUGUGGUUGUGUUGCUCAUUAUAGUUUGUGGGCUGAUAUGGCAGCGGAGACGAGCUGUUCCCAGUGAAAGGAUACAGGGUAAAGAAAAAGUCGACUUUGACGGCGUCAAAUCUUCUCCUGAUCGACGGUCCAAUGAUGAACCAGCUUCAGACCCAAAUACGUAUAUGGAACUCAAAGCCAGGCCCUCGAACCAUGAAGAGUCUCAUGUUCCUACUGAGUAUCAGUCGCUACUGGAAAUACCCAAGAACCCUGAAUAUUACAAUGUGGUGCUUCAGAGAGAAAAUGGCGGGAAACAAAAUAAAGAAGUGUAUGAGGAAAUAUGAUAAAUAAUUUCCUCAGGAACAGAAAUGACUACAACUGUUUUCUGAUCAAGGUAGUUCAUCAGCCAAUUUACGGCAGUAAGGCCUUAAGAGCUUCCUCAGCCCACAACAACUUUUAAUUUGGUCAGUUCGAAAUUAAUUACAUUAAUCUUUCAUAUUUUACUUUCUUUAAUCUUUCAUAUUUUACGCAUAUCUGUAUAAUUAUAAGGAAUCCAUGUUGUCAAGUGAGAUUUAAUCUACAUUUGCAUACCCCAGUGGCAGCAUUAAAAAUGUCAUUUCAAGUUAAAGUGAGUUCUGAACAAGAAAUUAAAGUUAAAGUAGUGAAUUUGCAAACUUGUUUAAAAGCCACUGUGUGCAAAACGAGAGAAAAACGUAAAAAUGUAAUGGAAGUUGUUCCCUAUAUUUUACCUUUUCAGGAGGAUUACAUUUUUUGAGCCGUUUGUCAUGUUUUUAUACAUAGUAGAUUCUUCUAAAUCGUAAAAUAAAUUUUUUAGUUUGUACUCUUCCUUUGAGAAAAUUGAAAAAUGUUAGCUAACAGAAUAUUGCUGUUUGAUAUUUGUAGACAACUGAAUAGAAAAUUUACACUCUAGUCUCUUGAAGAUAUUUCUAAGUCAGUCUAUUUACAAAUUGAAAAAAAUAGGAGAUGAACUUUGUGCGUUUGUCUCACGAUAGAGUCACUU